UCUUUUGUUUUCCUUCCCAAAGUCCUAUAAAAUGUAGCAAGAAUUUCUACUCCUUUGCUCAAUUAGCUCAUAAUGGAAAGCUCCUCUUUAUUCACAAAUAGUGCCACCAAAGAUAACCAACAACUUUCUGAUAUAGUAAUCUCUGAUCAUCCAAAAGAAAGAGGUUGGCUUACUGAGUACAUUCACCCAUACAAAGGCUUUUGGUAUGCCACUCCAGUUCUUCAAGGUCUUAUAGCUCUUCAAGAUAACCACUUUAAGCUAAAACCAACUGAUGUCUUACUAGCUAGUUACCCAAAAUGUGGUACCACAUGGCUCAAGGCCCUUCUUUUUGCCAUUACAAAUAGACCACAAUAUGAUUUUAAUACACAUCCUUUGCUCUCUUCAAAUCCACAUGAGUUAGUACCUCAGUUAGAGUCCUAUGCAUUUAAGUACCCAACAAAUCCAAUACCAAAUUCUUCUCUAGUGCAUACACAUCUUGCCUUCAAUUCUUUACCAGUAACUGAUGGCUCCUCCAAGUGCAAAAUAGUGUACGUUUUUCGCGAUGCGAAAGACGUGUUAGCUUCUAUCUGGUAUUUUGUUCAAAAAUUAAGACCCAAGGAUCUUCCGUUCAUUUCUCUACCAGAAGUUUUUGACCAAUUUAGUAAAGGGUAUUCACCCUUUGGUCCAUUUUGGGAUCAUGUAAUGGGAUAUUAUAAAGCCAGCUUAGAAUAUCCAAAGAUGAUUUAUUUCUUGAAGUACGAGGACUUGAAGAAAGAUCCAAAGUUUCAUGCAAAGAGAUUAGCUGAGUUCUUGGAAAAGCCAUUUUCUUUAAAGGAAGAAAGUGAAGGCCGUGUAGAGAAAAUAAUAGAGCUUUGUAGCUUUGAGAAGCUGAGCAACUUGGAAGUGAAUAAAGAGGGUACACACACUGAUUUUCUUUUCCAUACUAUUGCAAACAACAUAUUUUUCAGACAAGGGAAAGUAGGUGAUUCCAAGAACCAUCUUUCAAAGGAAAUGAUUGAGGUUCUUGAUGAGAUGACAAAGCAAAAGUUGGGUUUGAUUUAACUAAAUCUAUCUCUCAGCAGCAAAAUGGUAAAGGGAGGGAUUGAGUCAAACCAGAAACAUAGCAACUAGCAUGAUUUUCUUAAUAAGAAAAUUGUCCAAUAAAUUGAGGUUCCUUUUAGUCUUUUUUUUUUGGUUAACCCUCAUAAGGGUAGCUUUGACUUCAUGAUUGUUACGUUGUUGUUCUUAAUUCCAAUAUACGUGGU